AUGUCGAGCGCCUCGAGAAACACCCCCAGCCGCAACCAGGGGCGUGGAUCUGCUGCCCCCUACGGACCUGCCAGUCCCGCCAAUUCCGGCAUCCCGAGACCCGUCCUCGACAACCACCUGUCGCAACCCCCUCCGCCCGAUGCUGCCGCCGGCAUCAGCGCGAGCAGGCAGAAGCAGAGCAAGCGGGAUGAGGCUAUUCGUCGUAAGCUGGAGAGCGACCUCUCCAAGAAGAAGCACCUCACGAGCCGAGCCCGACACUCGCGUAAGGCACCCCCGGGAACCGUCCUCGCCCUGAAGCCGAGCCCUGCCCUUCAGAUCAAGCCCGGCACGACGGUUGCCGAGGCAGCCCAGCUGAUGGCCGCUAAGCGAGAGGAUUGCGUGUUGGUAACCGAUGACGACGACCGGAUUGCCGGCAUUUUCACUGCCAAAGAUCUCGCGUUUCGGGUGGUCGGCGCUGGCCAGAAGGCCAACAAUAUCACCAUCGCCGAAAUCAUGACCAAGAACCCGUUGUGCGCCCGCACCGACACCAGCGCCACCGAUGCCUUGGAUCUCAUGGUUCGCAAGGGGUUCCGGCAUCUACCCGUCAUGGACGAGAACCAGGACAUCUCUGGGAUUCUCGACAUCACCAAGUGCUUUUACGAUGCCAUGGAAAAGUUGGAACGGGCUUAUGCAUCCUCGACUAAGCUUUAUGCCGCCUUGGAAGGUGUCCAGUCAGAGCUUGGUGCGAGCCAACCUCAGCAGAUCAUCCAAUAUGUCGAGGCCCUCCGCUCCAAGAUGUCUGGCCCGACUUUAGAGAGCGUCCUUAACGGCUUGCCGCCUACGACCGUGAGUGUCAGGACGACCGUGAAGGAGGCUGCGAUGAUGAUGAAGGAGAACCACACUACCGCCGUAUUAGUCCAGGACCAAGGCCAGAUUACGGGUAUCUUCACGAGCAAGGAUGUCGUCCUGCGCGUCAUCGCUCCGGGCCUGGAUCCCGCCACGUGCAGCGUCGUGCGCGUUAUGACGCCACACCCCGACUUUGCCCCCAUGGAUAUGAGCAUCCAGGCCGCUCUGCGCAAAAUGCAUGAUGGCCACUACCUCAACCUCCCGGUCAUGAAUGACCAGGGCGAAAUUGUUGGCAUGGUUGAUGUGCUGAAGCUGACUUAUGCGACACUCGAACAGAUCAACACCAUGUCUACCUCCGCUGAUAACGAGGGCCCUGCAUGGAACAAGUUCUGGCUCUCGCUCGACAACGAGACCGAGUCCAUGGUCUCGGGUGACGGUAGCCACCAUCACGGCACUAUCGCGACCCGCUCCAUCAUAUCCCCCGACGCCGGCCGUGAACGUCUUAAUGAUACCGUCGCGCCCGGAGAUAGUGCCUCGCACGUGGGUAUCGAGUCGUCGCCGAUACACUCUGCCGUGGCCCCGCACUCGCCGGCCGAGGUGCCUUUCGCGUUCAAGUUUAAGGCGCCGAGCGGCCGCGUGCACCGAUUUCAGGUCAUUGCCAACCGCGGUAUCGCUGAAUUCGUUACCAACAUCGUAGGUAAGCUCGGUGCCGAGGUAGAAGCUAUUGGAGGCGCGCCCGAUGUGGACGAAGACGGCAAGGUGAUCCCGGGGGGGUUUGCCAUGAGCUACCUGGACGACGAAGGGGACACGGUAAGCAUCACAACCGACCAGGACCUCCUCGAGGCGAUCCUGCUAGCGCGGCACCACCACCUCGAGAAGGUUGACCUCUUCGUCCACGACCCCGACAAGCCCCCCGUCACCACUUCCCAGCCCGAGAUUACGGUUCACACACCUGCACACAGCACCGCCCCUUCAGAUUUGCGCCGCAGGCGGGGUACGGUAGACGACGACGACGAAGACAGCGAGGAAGAGGACUUCUCGGCUGUCCGGCGUCGUAGGAAGACCAAUUCGUUCGCCGAGCCCGAGCAAUUCAUCGCCGGUGUCCCCAAUGAGCUGUUGCUUCCCGGCGCCAUCGUCACCCUCGCGGUCGUCAUCAUCGGCGGAGGUGCGCGUGUUCCGUCACUCGAAGUCUUUCCGGGGUUGAUUGAUGGAAGAGAGGAAGAGAGGAAGAGGGGGUUUGGCAAGCGGCCAAGGGGAACCCCUCCAUUACUAACAAGAAACCAGCCAGCCAGUCUGAGUGUCCGCCAAGUCCGGGCAUUGGCGGCACCCUUGCGCCAAACCCGCCUCCGCACAAUGUCGACACAGCCAACAUCGCCGACAGGCGCAACCGGUCUCGCAGCACCGACUCCGCCCCCCCCGAGUGCGCAAGCGCAGCCGCCGUCUAUCUUCGAAGCCCAUGCAAAAGCCGCCACGCGGCGGCCUAAGCCCAAGGAGGAGGAUAAGACGGUCGAGAAUUACUACCUGGCUAAGGAGCUGAAGAAAAAGAUCAGUAGGGUGGGCGCGAAGGUCGAGCGGACGUACAGGCCGGCCGACGUCUUUAUAAAUCCUCCCGGGCCGAAGGAUGUCACGCUAGAGCUUCUCAUGGCGUCCCAGGCGCACAUGGGUCACCACGCCUCGCUGUGGAACCCGGCGAAUGCGCGAUACAUAUUCGGUAUUCGUCAGGGAAUCCACAUCAUAUCGCUGGAAGAGACGGCGGCGCACCUGCGGCGGGCGGCGCGAGUGGUAGAAGAGGUCGCGUACCGAGCGGGGCUGAUCCUGUUCGUGGGCAACCGGCCGGGGCAGACGCAGAUCGUGACGCAGGCGGCACGGCUGGCGAAGGGGUGCCACCUGUUCACGAAGUGGACGCCGGGGGCGAUCACGAACAGCGACGUGAUUCUGGCCGGUAUGCCGCUGCGGAUCAUCGACGAGCACGACCAGCCCCUCGAAGGGUUCGAUCGCCACAUCAAUGACCGCCGUCCCCUGAUCCCCGACCUCGUCGUCUGCCUCAACCCCAUGGAGAACUACGUGCUCCUGCACGAGUGCGCCCUCGUCAACGUGCCGACCAUCGGCGUCAUAGACACCAACGCCGAGCCCUCGUGGGUGACGUACGUCAUUCCGGCCAACGACGACAGUCUGCGAUGCCUAGCCGUCAUCGCUAGCGUGCUCGGGCGGGCCGGCGAGAAGGGCCACAGCCGCCGGCUACAAGACGCGCAGAGUGGCUUCGUGGCCUGGCAGACGCCGAUGGACAUCAGGGCGUUUAUGCGCAACGAGCUGGCCGGGGUCGCGAACGAAGAAGCGAAGGAGGCCGAGGCGAGAGAGGUCGCGGCCAGAGACGCCGCGGCCUGGCGCGAAUUUAGCGAGGCCAACGAGGCACGGGGUGCGACAGAGGGGGGUACGGACAAGAUCCGAUUUGUAUAG